AUGGGAUCACUCAAAGAUCGAGUUGUAAUCAUCACUGGUGCUUCAUCGGGGAUAGGCUUGAGCACGGCAACUGCUGCGCUGAGCGAAGGCGCCCAGGUCCUCGGGGUAGAUAUUUCCUCGCCGCCAGCAUCACUCAGCGAGCAUCCGAGAUUCGCCUUUUGUCAGGGAGACCUGGUUGACCCUUGCACGCCAAGGAAGGUCCUAUCGGCAUCCAACGAGGCAUAUGGAAGGCGAAUUGACGCGCUCUUGAACAUUGCUGGCGUCAUGGAUCACAACCAGAGCGCAGACUCAGUCGUGGAUAAAGUGUGGGAUCGAUGUAUCGCUGUUAACCUCACUGCACCCGUUAAACUGAUGCGUGAGGUGCUUCCCAUAAUGCGCGAGCAGAAGUGCGGCAGCAUCGUGAAUGUUGCCAGCAAAGCUGCCUUGAGUGGUGCAGUCUCCGGUGUAGCCUAUACAGCGAGCAAACACGGUCUUAUUGGGGUAACCAAGAAUGUAGCUUGGCGGUUCAAGCAUGAAGGCAUUCGUUGCAAUGCCAUAUGUCCCGGUGGUGUCAGCAAUGAUACAGGCAUCCUCAAGGAUUUUGACGCCUUUGACAAGGAUGCCCUGGCUGUCAUGUCGCCAAUACAUGCGGCGCAUUCAUCGGACAAGGAAAAAGGGUACGCCAUCACGCCAGAUGACAUUGCCAGUUCUCUGUUGUUCUUGAUUUCUCCAGCUAGUCGAAGAAUCAACGGAGCGGUAUAA